AUGAGAAGAAGGCCUGGCAUUGGAGGGUUGCAGACGCAUGCUGCUGCGAGGGAUCAAUUCCGUUUGCUGGGUGAAAAUGUUGCGAAGAUUAGAACCGAUUUGAUGAAGGAGCAGCUUGCUACCUUUCGCUCUCAGCUCGAAGAUUUCGCUCGUAAACACAAGAAUGACAUACGCAAAAACCCGGCAUUCAGAUCACAGUUUCACGAGAUGUGUGCUAAAGUUGGAGUAGAUCCCUUGGCCUCAAACAAGGGUUUUUGGGCAGAGCUAUUAGGAAUUGGUGAUUUCUAUUACGAACUUGGAGUUCAAAUAGUGGAUAUUUGCUUGGCUACUAGAGCCCACAAUGGAGGACUGAUCAACCUGCAGGAACUCUGCCAUCUCCUUCGCCAGAGACGAAAAAGUGAUCGGGGAGUUGUUUCAGAGGAUGAUUGCCUGCGUGCUAUUAGUAAACUGAAGGUGCUGGGUAGUGGUUUUGAAGUUAUUUCUGUUGGAAAGAAAAAACUUAUUCGUUCAGUUCCAACUGAGUUGAACAAAGACCACAAUGAAAUUCUAGAACUUGCCCAGGCUCAAGGAUUUGUGACUGUUGAUGAAGUAGAGAGACGAUUAUCUUGGACUUCCGGCCGCGCCAUCGAUGCCCUCGAUACAUUACUUGAUGAAGGGCUUGCAAUGAUUGAUGAUGGCCAUAGAGAUGGUAGACGUAGGUACUGGUUUCCUUGUGUGUCUCCCAUCUCAUCUUCAGUCGGAGUUGAUUCCUAG